AUGACUCAAGCGCCAUUUUUAGCUUUGCCUGAUUUCAAUAAGCCCUUUACAUUGGAUACUGAUGCAUGCUCACGGGGUGUUGGUGCAUUACUUCUACAAGAAAACAUGCCAAUUACAUUUUUCAGUAAACCUUUAGGUCCAAAAGCAUUGGCCUUGUCUACAUAUGAAAAGGAGUUCUUAGCCAUUGUAAUGGCAGUUCAGAAAUGGAAACAUUAUCUCGGCCACAAUCAAUUUGUGAUCAACACAGACCACCAAAGCUUAAAGUACCUUAUGGAGCAGAAACUCUCUUCAGCAUUUCUACAAAAAUGGCUAGUCAAGCUCAUGGGUUUUGAUUAUGUCAUCCGCUAUAAGAAAAGCAAAGACAAUCAAGUUGUUGAUGAACUCUCCAGGUUACCACAUGCUUCUUGUUUUUCAUUAUCCUUAUAUCAACCUCAGUGGUCUAGUGAUAUUAUCUCCAGCUAUGAUUCAGAUACUGUGGCCCAAAACCUAAUUACUCAGCUUCUUAUCUCUCCAACUCUGCAACAUUAUACUUACCUACAAGGGAUAUUGAGGUUUAAGGGGAGGUUGUACAUUGGUUCAGGUAAUGCCAUUAGAUCCUCUAUAUUACAAUCAGUACACUCUUCUGUUGUGGGAGGCCAUUCUGGCAUUGCAUGUAAUAAUCAUCGUCUUCCAAAGCUUGAUUUUUCACAUUUGUAUGGUAUUAAUCCUAGAGGUUGGCUCCAGAAGAGCGAAAGAUAUUUUCAAUUGAAUGAUAUUGAGGAACAUAAGAAAGUUGAUAUUGCUGCAAUUUAUUUAGAAGGAAAAGCAGAAAAAUGGUUUCUCAAUUUUCAGGUGAAUCGACCACGUAUUACUUGGACAGAUUUAUCCAAACACUUAUGUGCUCGAUUUGAAAAUCCUAUAGAAGAAAACUUUGUAGGUAGUUUCAAUAAAUUAGUUCAAACCAACAGAGUUGAUGAAUACUAUGAGGAAUUUGAAUCUCUUAAAGCCUUAAUGCUAGAUAUGAACCCUACACUUAUAGAAACCUACUUUGUAAUGAGUAUUCCUAGUUUCCUAAAGGAUGAGAUAGGGAAAUAUGUCUCUAUGUUUCCUCCACAAACAUUAGCUGCUGCUUUUUCAUUAGCUAGAUUACAAGAGCAGAAACUCAGUUCAGUGACCCACCUCCCUAAAUCUUAUACUAAACCCUUUAAUUCACCUUUCAUCUCAAACAAACAAUUCCAAUUUAAAAAUUUCUCUCAUAGGCCAGCUCCUACAUCUCCUAAAUCUGCCCCUAUGACUCUCAAAUCUUCCUUUCACAACCAUUCCAAACCUACACCCACCACCACAACAAUUAAAAAGCUGACACAGGAAGAGAUGAAAAAAAUAAGAGCUCAAGGUUUAUGUUACAAUUGUGAUGAGGUGUAUAGGAAAGGUCAUUUUUGUAAAGGAAAGAAGAAGAUCUUUAUGCUCCAGGUUGAAAAUUCUGAAUCACAAGAGACUGAAGAGGAAGAAGACAUUUUUGAAGAAGCUGUAGAUUCACCUGUUCGUCCUGAUCUGGAUAUUUCAUUACAUGCUUUGAAUGGCAAUGCCACUGGUGAUACUAUUAGAAUCCCUGGAGUCCUUAACAAUCACAAAGUCUCCAUACUCAUUGAUUCAGGCAGCACCACAAGUUUUAUUGACAGUGCAUUGGCUACUUCCCUCCAGUGCAACAUUGACUCAACUGCACCAAUGAAAGUCACUGUUGCAAAUGGAGAGUACACACUCAUCCAUGGUAUUUGUACACAACUACAAUGGAGCAUGCAUGUCCAUACUUUUGUUGAGAAUCUACGACUUUUACCAUUGGGAGGUUGUGAUAUUGUCUUAGGUGCAGACUGGUUCAAGACAUUGGGUGAUGUUCUAUUUAACUUUUCAAAACCGAGCAUUUCAUUUAAGUAUAAAGGUAAGAAAAUCACCUUACAGGGUGUGGGGAAACAAACUUCUUUACUUCAAAUGAGUGGUGAAGUUGUUAAUAAAUUUCUUUCUAGCUCUUCUCAUGGCUUAUUGGGGCACUUAUUUUCCAUUUCUACACCCACUUCACCACCUACAACACCUGAUAUUCUUUUACCCUUAUUACAUGAGUUUGAUGACAUUUUCCAAGAGCCAACUCAAUUGCCUCCACAAAGAAACUUGGACCAUAAAAUUCCCUUGCAACCUAAUUUAGCACCUAUAAACCUUAGAGAUUACAAGUGCCCCUACAUUAAGAAAGGUGUGGUGGAACAAUUGGUUCAAGAAAUGUUAAAGUCUACCAUCAUCCAGCCAAGCAAUAGUCCUUUUGCAUCACCUAUACUUCUAUUAAAGAAUAAAUACAACACAUGGAGAUUUUGUGUUGACUAUAGAAAACUCAACAGCAUUAAAGUCAAGGACAAGUUUCCCAUUCCAAUUAUUGAGGAAUUAUUGGAUGAAUUGAAUAGAGCUAUUGUCUUCACCAGAAUUGACUUGAGAGAUGGAUAUCAUCAAAUCAGAGUGCAUCUCUCAGACAUUUUCAAAACUGCCUUCAGAACACUUCAAGGCCAUUAUGAAUUUAAAGUGAUGCCAUUUGGCCUUACUAAUUCCCCAGCCACUUUUGAAGCCUUAAUGAAUGAAAUAUUUCAACCUGCCUUGCGGAAAUUUAUACUGGUAUUUUUUGAUGAUAUUAUCAUAUACAACAAGAGAAUGACUGAGCACUUGGAGCAUCUCAGUUGGCCUACACCCUCUAUACUCAAAGAGUUGAGGGGAUUCCUUGGGCUUACAGGAUACGAUAAGAAGUUUGUCAGGAAUUAUGGAGCAAUCAGUAAACCACUUACUGAUCUUCUCAAGAAGAACUCCUUCAAUUGGACUUCAGCAGCCACUUCAGCUUUUGAGCAACUCAAGCAGGCCAUGUCAACAACUCCAAUAUUGGUCUUACCUGACUUCACUAAGCCCUUUGUGGUUGAAAGUGAUGCUAGUGACUCAUGUAUUGGAGCUGUAUUACUCCAAGAUGGAAAGCCAAUUGCUUACUUUAGCAAACCCUUGGGUCCAGGAGCUAGAGCAUUAUCCACAUAUGAAAAGGAGUUUCUAGCCAUUGUCCUAGCAGUUCAGAUAUGGAGACAUUACUUACAGGGAGCUAAGAUUACUACACCAUUACAGCAAAGAUACUUAAUCAAACUGUUGGGAUUUGAUUAUGUCGUCCGAUAUAAAAAAGAAGUUGAAAAUAUAGUGGCAGAUGCACUUUCUAGAAGACCUCCUGAUUCAGCUCAUUGUAAUUUAUUGGCUGCCUCUACACCAGCAUGGGCUCAAGAAGUACUUUCCAGUGACACUGGUGAUGAGAAAGCUCAGGGCAUAAUUUCUAAACUUCUCCUCAGUCCUUCUAGUGUUGAAAACUUCACCUACAAGGAGGGCAUAUUGAGGUACCAAACAAAACUCUAUAUUGGUACUGGUGGCACAAAUAGGCAAGCACUAUUACAUUCUCUACAUAAUUCUGUUAUGGGAGGGCAUUCUGGUAUUCAAGCUACAUAUGCAAGAGCCAAAGCACAUUUUUACUGGCAAGGCCUCAAAAAGGAUGUUUUACUCUUUGUGUAUGAAUAUGAUGAAUGUCAAAGGAACAAGAGCGACACUACAAGCUCUGCUGGCCUUCUCCAACCUCUCCCUAUACCAGAUUAUGCUUGGAAACAUAUAACAAUGGACUUCGUUGAUGGUAUACCAACAAGCAACAAGAAGAAUGUCAUCCUAGUUGUGGUAUACAGAAUCACUAAGUAUGCUCAUUUUAUUGCACUACAUCACCCAUACUCUGCUUCUUCUGUGGCCCAAGUUUUUCUCAAUCAUAUUUUCAAGCUACAUGGGUUGCCUGCCUCAAUUGUGUCAGAUAGGGACAAGGUGUUUACAGGCAACUUCUGGACUUAUUUAUUCAAGUCCUUGGGCACAAGCUUGAACUUAAGCUCUGCUUAUCACCCUCAAACUGUUGGCCAGACUGAGAGGGUGAAUGCUUGCUUGGAAAAUUAUUUAAGAUGUGUAUCAUGUCAUAAACCAAGCAGCUGGAGAAAUUGGUUGUUCCUUGCUAAGUGGUGGUACAACACCAGCUUCCAUAGGGGUCUCAAAAUGUCUCCAUUUCAAGCUUUGUAUGUUUAUUUACCUCCCCAUCUAGCAUUUCCAUCUAAUGCUACUACUUCAGUGGAUGCUGUGGAGGCUUACUUAAAGUCCAGAGACACCAUGCUUGACAUCAUCAAGGAAUCACUACAUCAAGCAUAG